CCGCAUCCACAGCCACGGCUGCUAUCCUGGCAGCAAUGGCAGCCGCAAUGCCCACCUCCUCUGCCCCUGUGGGCCACACAGACCGCCAGACUGUCGCCCCAGCUAUUGUCAACCUCACCACGCUCACAGGCCGCGCAACCUGUCUCGCAUCAGGUUUUAUUUACGGCUGGCCGGACAACGGCACCUCUGCUUCCACCGCGAUCCCUUCCUCGCUCGUUACCGGCAUCCACUUCCGCGCCAACCGUGCCGGCGGGGCUCAGCUCCCUGCGCCCGCCCUCGGCUGGGCCGCAGGCGGCUACGACGGAUACAUUGGCCGUUUCGAUUCGGCGCUGUCCAACUAUCGCACCACGAGGCUGUACGGCGGGACGUUCAUACUGCUUCCGCAUGAUCUGUGGGGUGCAGACGGGAAGCAGGAUGGAUCGUCGAUCUUCCCCGGUGACAAUGGCGAUUGGACCGAGAUGGAGGCAUUCUGGACGCAGGUGGUCAAGGACCUGAAGGAGAAUGAUAUGCUGGAGGAGCUGGUGAUUGAUGUGUGGAACGAGCCCGACAUCGACAGCUUUUGGGAUCGGAGCUGGGAGCAGUAUCUAGAGUACUGGACGAGGGCGGUGCGUUUGCUCAGAGCCGAACUCCCUGGGACGCUUCUCAGCGGCCCCUCGACUUCUGCUUCCCCCCGGAUCCCAACGUCAACUCAAUGGUCCUCAUACCUGGCACUGCUUGCGGGUGCCGGCAACGACACCAUCCCGGACAUCUACGCAUGGCACCAGCUCAGCGACCUCGACACGGAGCCCGACGUCACCAUCCCGACGUUCCACUCGCUGCUGGAGCAGUACGGCCUGCCGCCCUCACAGCACAACAUCGACAUCAACGAGUAUGCCUGGCCCACGGAGCAGAACCCCGGCGCAUCUGCGUGGUACAUGGGCCAGCUGGAACGAAACGAAGCACGAGGACUGAGAGCGCAUUGGGGUACCGCUUCGGGUCUUCACGACAGUAUGGCAAACAUGAUUUAUCCUCUUCCAGUGGAGGAGGAGGGCCAAGGGAUCGACGGGAGUAAUUAUAAGAAGAAUGGCGAGUGGUACGUUUAUGACUACUACAAGGCGAUGUCGGACGGCCCCGAUACGCAACGGGUCAGCACUACUGCAUCGGGGGAUCGCAAAUUCGACCUGUUUGCGACAUCUGACGGCGCUGUUGUAAAGUUGUUGGCCGGGACAAGAUCCGUGGAUGGCGAUUACGUAAUCCAGGUAAAUGGGCUGCCGGCCACAGCGGGCAGCGAGGUCUCCGUGCGUGCGAUCAGGUUCGAUUGGGCUGGGCCUGUAGCGGAUACUGGUCCAUCAGUUGACUUGGGAAUAACGACUUAUCAGGUCGAGGGGGGCUCGCUCACUAUUCCUGUCCCUGCAAAGAGUUCGAUUGCGUAUGCUUUCGAAAUUGAGCUGGCAUAGCCAGCUCAGUCUCAGGAGCACGGAAGCUGCUGGUUGGUGGGGGGUCUGGCGUGCGUGAAUGGCGCCUACUAAACAGGUGAAGGUCGAUGAGCUACGGGCUCGUGACUGACGAGACAGAAGCAAGGUGCAUCCUCAAUGUAAAUAAUCCGCUGACAUUUGCUGUCAUGACUGAAUAAACGUUGUAUCACCCCAAACAAGCUGCGGGAGGUGCUCACUUUAA